UCGCCAUUAACGAAAUCAAAACAAUAUCACCGGGUUAUAGUCAACUAAUCACCACGUUUAGCCUCUAAUUAAAAGGAGAGUAUUUUGGGGAUAUUGAAGCCAUGUAUACAUUCGAAAUUAAAGAAAUUCCCGGCAAGGGACGGUCUAUGAUCUCGACAAAAACGUUUGCUAUUGGUGAAACUAUUUUCGAGGAGGAGCCCUUUGUGUCACGACAGUUCUCUUGGAAUGCUGCUUAUGGGUAUAAAGCUUGUGAUCAUUGUAUGCGACCUUUAGAAACAGUUUUAGAAAAUGUGCGUCGAUUGGCUAAUAACAAUGCAUUGGUAGUGCCUUUGCCAGAAUACGAUCCAACAACACCAUGGCUGCAACAAUUUACACAAUGUCCCAAUUGUAAAGUUCGGUACUGUUCCGAGGAUUGUCGUAUGGAGGCUUUAAAUAAAUAUCAUCGUAUAGCUUGUAUGGGUGCUUUCCAUACAGAUGACACGCACCCAAUAAACGCAUUGAAUGAAAUAUGGAAAAAAAUGCAUUAUCCGCCGGAAACUGGUACAAUUAUGUUAAUUGUUCGUUUAAUGGCCAUGUAUAAGCAAAGUAACAACAAAGAGCAGUUUCUCCAGUCGCUUCAAUCCUUCCAAUCGCUAAUAGUUAAUACAGAACAAAAAAUAUAUCACAAAAUGUUGGGGGAACACUUUGAACAACAAAUGGAACAACUUUUUGUAGCAUUUUGUAGAGCAUUUGCGGACGAGGAAUUAGCUGCUUUCACCAACGCGGAGGCUUUUAAGGCAUUAAUGGGCAUGAUUGGCACAAACAGUCAGGGCAUUGCGACGAGUCCGUUGGCGGAAUGGGUGAAAAAAGUGAGCGAUUUACCAAUGCCUGAAGGUGAUAAGACAAAACUUGACGAAUAUAUUGAUGAUAUUUACAAUAAAGUGGGAGAAUUCGCGGGCGAAUUUCUCAACACUGAGGGUGCUGGACUUUAUCUACUUCAAAGCAAGAUUAACCACAGUUGUGUACCAAACGCUCAUUCGACAUUUCCUUAUUCAAACGACAUAGUUGUGUUGAAAGCGGUAGCACCUAUACAAGUUGGUGAAGAAAUUUGCAUAUCUUACUUGGAUGAGUGCCAGCUGGAGCGCAGCAGACAUUCGAGACAAAAAAUUCUUAAAGAAAACUAUAUUUUUGUAUGCCAAUGUCCUAAAUGUCAAUCGCAAAGUACCGACCCCGAUGAAACAAGCGAAGAUGAGGAUGACGAUAUGGAUAUGGACGAUGACGAUGCGGAUAUGUCGGAUUAACUACACAUUUGUUUUAUACAUUUCAUAUGUAGGUACAUAUUAUUGUAAGAAUUGAACUUACAAUACAAUGGAUCAUAUGUACAUUGAAUUUUGUUCACAAUUUACAUAAAACUUUGUUAUAAGCGAAUUAAACAGUAAAAUUACACUAAAAUAUUUGUUAAA